UGAUGAGUCACCCGGUGUGGAACUGGAAGGGACGUCCUCGAUCCUCGGCUCUCGAACUCAGCAGGUUUUUUUUCGAUCGCUGACCUGUUUGCUUGCGAUGGCAGCCACCUAGCGUCUAGCAUUCUUCAUGGUGAUCUAGUGCAAGCAACACGUUAGUUCGCUAUUCCGCAGUCACCUUCUUCCGUCUACUCUAGGUUUAUUCACUGUCUGUAAUUAUUUGAAUACAGUCAUGUACUAACGCUCGAUUCAGUACUGCCGCUGUAAUAGAAUUGUCUGAGUGGCACUCUGGCUGGAAUAGCAGGCCUAGAGCCUCUGAGUAAUCCUUGACAUACAAUUUCAAUACAAUAAGAAGUCCGGAACAAUCUGUACAAUGAGUGCAAGUGAGGCGUCACUUCUUCCCUCCACGUCGGUGCAGGAGACGUCAGCGUUGCUAGACCCUCUGGCCACGAGUAGCGACGGAGCCGAUGCCAAGGGUCUCGGCGUGCUAUCGACGAGUUUCUUCAUCUUGACGGGUGUGCUGUUCACGAUCCCGCUGCCAUAUGCACUGCUGCAGACAGGGCUGAUCAGUGGCGUACUGCUGAUGAGUGUGCUACCAUUGACCAUGGUGUACAUGGCCGUAUUGCUGGGACGAUGCUGGAUAAUGAUGCUGCGGAGAUGGCCGGAGCGGUACAGUGGGCAGCGUGUACGCCGGCCAUUCCCAGCCAUUGGUCGCGCGGCCGGCGGGCCAUUCUGGGACGUGGCCGUGCGCAUCUCCGUCAAUCUGACCAACUUCGGCGUGACGGUCGUCGAUCUGCUCGUUGCCACGUCGACCAUUCAAAUACUGCUGCCGCACCAUUUCUCCGAUCGUGUGUGGCUUCUGUUCUGCACGGCCGCCAUGAUGCCGUUUGUUUGGCUAGGUACUCCCAUGGAGUCCUGGCUGGUCGGCUGGCUUGGCGGUCUCAUGGGAUUGGCGGCGUCCGUCAUGCUCCUCGUCACUGUCAUAGUCGGGGGGCUGGCACCGUCCGUUGCCCCGACUACGGCGGCAGCAGCAGUGUCCGUCAUUACGUCAGCAUUACCGGCGACAGUCACCACCACCACUGCCAGCAGCAGCAUAGCCAGCAGCAUAGCAUGGAACGUGACAACAGCAGCGGCAGUACCCACCACUGCCAUCACACCGGCCACACUGUUCCCGGCGCUGACCGGCACUGUCACGUUCAGCUCGUUCUGGAUCGGCGCGUCCACGCUGAGCUUCACCUACGCCGGCAUGUCCAUCUUUCCGACGCUGCAGCACGACAUGCGUGACCCGCGCAAGUGGUCGCAGGCGCUCAUCCUCUCCUACGUGUUCGUCUCCGUGUUUGCCAUGGCGACGGCCAUUGCCGGCCUGCAGCUCUUUGGCAAGGUGACCAACGCCAACAUCCUGCUCAACAUACAGUGCCAUUACUCGGAAGCCGGCCACGUCCUCUCCAUCAUCUGCUCCAUACUGUACGGCGUGGUGUCGCUGUGCAACGGAGUGGUCACUAUUCUGCCCGUCGUACAAGAUGCCGAGGAUUUAAUCUCAUUGCCGUCCAAGACCAACUACAAGCACAUUCUGUUGCGCACGUUUGUGCUGCUCCUGUGCCUUGGUGCGGCUGAGGGGAUUCCCCACUUCGACAAGUACAUCUCGCUGAUUGGCGCCACCACUAUCAGCAUGAACAACUUUGUGUUCCCGCCCUUAUUCUACUACUGGCUGAGUAAAGAGGAUGGCACUGAGCUAGGGCUCGGCCAGAAGGCUUUCUUCGGGGAGAUGAUCUUCAUUGGACUAGUGUGUGCCCUAGCUGGGUCGUACUCAGCCAUCGAGAACAUUAUUGGUACCUCAUCUCCUGACCCAUGUUAGGAUUGUGCUGCUUCAGUGCUCAGUGUCCUUGCAAGCCAUGACUGCAACAACAGAGGUAGUGUGCUUGGAGCAGAGUCUAGCUGCUCUUUCGGGCGGUGUUCACUGCUACCAGAAGCCAGAUUACUUCAUGCCAUGACUGGUGUUAGCGAGGGCUACUACCGCUACCCGUAUAUUUAUGGGGACUCUGCCAUUCAUGAACUUUAGCUAUUCCUGAACUUUAGCUAUUCCUGAACUUUAGCUAUUCCUGAACUUUAGUUAUUCCUGAAGAUGGGCACUGCCCCAAACAGUGAAGUCUUCUCUGUUGACAGCGGCGUUCGUUUGGGCUGGGAAACCAAGAGAAUUGUCACCUCUUUCUUUAAAUUUCACUUCAUAUUUUGUUGAAAUUUAAAAUACUUCUUUGUCUGUAUGUUUACCCACAUCACCUUGAGACCAGAACUGAUAGAUGUUUUUGUGAGCUGCAAUACUAUUUAUAUAGAAAUUUUCAACAACAUGAUGUCUAGAAGUUAUUGCUCAGGCGAAUGCCAUGAUUCUAUUUUAUAGGAAAGUGUUACCAAGUUGGAGAUCUAAUUGCUCUUUCUUUUCCGAAAUAGUAAUUUGGGCAGCAUCACUAGCAGCAAGAGUAUAUUAUUAUACUCUUGCUAGCAAGUAUAAACGUGUGGAAUGUUCGGCCUUUGACCACGACUAGUAUGUGUUGUGUCUGAUUUAUUCACCUCCUGCCGCUCUCUAAGCUGCAUCUCAAUGUUAUUCAGUGUUUGUUGGUGUUUUUAUGUAUUUUUAAUAAAAGUCCCAACACAAACAUAAUCAUUAGCAAGCAAUGGAGCCUCCUUUUCGAUGCGAGCGACGUGUCACAU